CAAGAAAAGAAAAGAAAAAAGUUUUAUCAUAGUUAACAGAAAAAAGGGAUGGGGAAAUGCCCUGCUUUGAUGGUCUUCCUCGCUUGUUCUCUUCUUCUUGUCCUUCAAAACCUCGAAGUUGUUAAUGCCGUCGGGUGUGCCGGAAGCUUCUUCAACGCUAACAGCAGCUACGUUCAGAAUCGUGACAGUCUCUUCUCUACUCUUGCUGAUAAAGUCAUCGCCAAUAGUGGAUUCUACAAUGCUUCACUUGGCAAAAGCCCCAACAGUGUUCAUGUUCUUGUCCUCUGCGCAAGGGGCUAUGAUCAACAAGCUUGUAUGAAUUGUGUGGAAAGCGCGACUAAGGGUAUACAAUCGAAUUGUCUAAACCGCAUGGAUUCGUUCACGUGGGACAAAGACGUUGAAGACCAUGUUUCUUGUCUUGUACGUUCCUCAAACCACUCAACUUUGGGGAACCUCGAGCUUAGACCUGCUAUUAUCUACCCAAGUCCACUUAGCAUCGAGUCAUCUAAGAACAUGACCCUUUUCGAACAAGAGUGGGAUGCAAUGGUUAAUCGGACCGUCGAGACUGCCACGGAAGCUCAAAAUUCCUCCGUGGUACUUAAGUACUAUGGUGCCGAAAGAGCUGAGUUCACCGAGUUUCCAAAUGUUUACAUGCUGAUGCAAUGCACACCCGACAUUACUUCCCAAGAUUGCAAGAGUUGUUUGAGAGAUUGCGUGGCGCUUUGGAAAACACAGUUUUGGAAAAGACAAGGAGGCGAGGUUAAUCGUCCGAGCUGUUUUUUCAGGUGGGAUUUUUAUACCUUCCAUGGUGCUUUUGAUAAUGUAACAAGAGUUCCUGCCCCUCCUCGGCCUCCGAAUCCGGAAAAUGGGAGCCCAAUAACAGUCAAGAAAGGAAGAAGCAUAGGGUAUAGGGGAAUUAUAGCGAUAUUUGUGGUUCUUACUUUGAUUAAUCUUUUGGUGUUUAUUGGUUUCUUCAAAAUCAAUGCUCGGAGGAGAAAAUUAAACAAAAGAAUCAAUGAAUACCAUGAUUCGGAUGGUCAAUAUAUGUUAAGAUUUGAUCUUGGUAUGAUCUUAAUGGCAACCGAUGACUUCUCGCCUGAAAAUAAGCUUGGCCAAGGUGGAUUCGGUAUGGUCUAUAAGGGGACAUUACCAAAUGGCCAAGAGAUAGCGGUGAAGAGAUUGACAAAAGGUUCAGGACAAGGAGAUGCAGAGUUUAAGAAUGAGGUUUCACUAUUGACAAGACUCCAACAUCGGAAUCUGGUUAAGCUUCUUGGGUUCUGUAAUGAAGGAGACGAAGAGAUUCUUGUCUACGAAUUUGUCCUCAAUUCAAGUCUUGAUCACUUUAUCUUCGAUGACGAGAAGCGUUCGCUUCUUACAUGGGAGGUGAGGUUCAAAAUUAUAGAAGGCGUUGCUCGAGGUCUUGUUUAUCUCCAUGACGAUUCUCAGCUGAAGAUUAUUCACCGAGACUUGAAGCCGAGCAACAUUCUACUAGAUGCAGAGAUGAAUCCUAAAGUCGCAGACUUUGGGACCGCUAGGUUGUUCGAUACUGAUGAGACUCGAGCUGAAACAAAACGAAUAGCUGGAACCCGUGGAUAUAUGGCUCCUGAAUACCUUAACCACGGGCAAAUCUCAGCUAAAUCUGAUGUAUAUAGCUUCGGUGUUAUGCUUCUUGAGAUGAUAAGUGGGGAAAGAAACAAUAGCUUCGAAGGAGAAGGACUUGCAGCUUUCGCAUGGAAGAGAUGGAAAGAAGGAAGGCCUGCGAUUAUAAUUGAUCCUUUCUUGGUAGAUAAUUCGAGUAACGAGAUCAUUAAGCUGAUCCAGAUUGGUUUGUUGUGUGUUCAAGAGAAUCCAACAAACAGACCAACCAUGAGCUCUGUAAUAGUUUGGCUUGGCAGUGAGACUAUCACCAUUCCUUCACCCAAGGCUCCAGCUUUCACAGGGAAUCAAUCCCAAUCUGAGGAUGGUACAAUGUCAAUGAGCACUGUCUUCACGGAGUUGAGUUCUCGUUGAGUUAUAAAUUUGUGUUAAUCAAAACAUAUUGUUUUAAAGCAGUAACUAUAAUUAUUUGGCAAUCAAACAAGAAUAUAGAAAAGAAGAGGCUUUACUA